AUGGAGUGCCCCACUUGCUUUGAAAUCUACAACGAUGAUGCAAAAAAGCCUCACAACCUUGAAUGUGGCCAUACUUUUUGUGAAGAAUGCUUAUCACGAUUAUUACAAUCAUCAAGAAUCCAAUGCCCUGCAUGUAGAAAAUCAUUUAACAACAUAGUCCCGAAGCUGCUCCCUGUAAACUUUAUAGCUGCCGAUUUAGCUAGAAAAUACCAUGAAGAUAGAAAGAAACUUGUCAUGUGCGAAAAACACCCAUUUGACCCUAUUAAAUUUUAUUGUAAUACAUGUGAGGAAUGCAUUUGCAUUGAGUGCAUUAUUAACCAUAGUGGGCACAAGUUUGUCAAACAAGAAGAAAGCAUUAAAGUCAUGAAGUCAAGAAUUGAAAAAGUUGGGGGCAGAAUUGAAAAUUGUAUAGAAAAAACGAAUAAGGCGAAAAAAGAAAUAUCUGACUCUUUUGAUGCUUUUAAAUUCAUUUUGCUGGUGAUUUAUUUUUUUUAUUGUACAAUUAUUUUCAAUUUUAUUUAUUUUAAUAUUUAUUCAUAAUAGUGACUUUUUAAAUAAAAUAAAUUUUUAUGCAAUUUAAAAGAGUAAAGAAGAAGCUUCUUUAAAUCAACGAAAAGAAGCUGACAAACUUAAAAUUGAAACUGAUUUUAAUACCAUGAUAGAAAUGCUGAUAAAUCGUAGAGAUCAGCUGUUAAAUACCUAUGAGAAUAUGAUAGGAAUCGAAGUAAGCAGGCUAAAAGAAGAGCAAGGGAAACUUGAUAUCCAAGAGCAUGAGAUUCUAAGUGUCAAACAAAUUCUCCAAAAAAAAUCUGAAGAGCUUCAGUUUCUUACGAGAAUUUCCAUCUUGCAAGAUGGAAAUCCAUUUUGGCUCGGCGACAGCAAAAAAAAAUCCCAGAAUUCGGCCGUGUAAAAAAAAAUAAAACGGCCGGAAGGCCAAGGGGUCGCAGAUGGCAAUUCUCCGGGGUGGGGUGCAGGCUUGGGCUGACUGGGCUUCCCCUCGACCCACAGACAAGAUACCGACGGCGCAACAUCAAUCAAGCACUUCUGGAGGAGCAUUAUGGUGCCUGCGAAUGGCACAGGUGGUUCCAGAAGAAGACAAUGGACGAUCCUCUCAUACCCUGAGCACCACCAGGGGUUAAGAGAGUCCUUGCCGAAAUUUUUGAUCCAGCAGGGUCGGGUGAGUCUCCCCGACAGACUGAGGACGUCACCAUUUUUGAUGGCUCCGAAGAAAAGGGCGUUAGGUGGCUUUAGUGCUUAGUGCCACAUGAAGCACGAAGCUGAAGUCCGACUGGCUAGGGGCUGAAAUAAUCCCCGCUUAACCUCUCUAACUAAUCUCUCUCUCUCUCAGUUUCUUACUGACUCAAGCCUAAUUGGUGGAAAAUAUGCAGAAGAAAUAAACUUAAUCAGAGAAAAAGUUACAAAUUUAGAGUCCACUACAUGUGAAACUAUAAAUUUGCUAACAAUGUGCCCGACAGUCGAAAUUAACAUAACUCUGUAUUUAGAUUAUAUCCAAAAUAUUGGGAAUGUUAUAUGAGACCCUAGAAGAAACUAUGAAAUAACAGAGCCGUUGAUCUGUUACUUUGGAGACAAAAAUAAAGUUAUGACUUAUGAUAUUAAUUCGAAUGCCUGAGACCUAAAAACUUAUUAUGGACCAUAUGAGUUCAAUUAUUAUGCAGCUGCAGUCGCUCUUCCUGAUGGCAGUGCUCUUAUAACAGGUGGUGGAAGCUCCAAUUCUGUAUACCAUUACAAAAAUAAAACAAUUUAUUUAAAGCAGCCAAUGAUACAGAUAAGAAAAGAACACUCAGCUGUCUGUAUAAAUAAUUAUGGAAUUUUUAAAAAAAAAUAAAAAAAUUUGCAAUUUAAUUGGGAAAAAAAUAAAUAAUUAUGUAUAUGCCCUUGGAGGCUAUGAUGGGAUGGCUAAUACAUUUCUUAAACAAACUGAAAGAUAUUGCAUACAAACUGACACUUGAGAAGAAUGCGCCAACAUGAACGUCCCCAGAUGUGCUUUUAGCGCUACGGUUGCAAAUAACCGUUAUAUCUACAUAUUUGGAGGUUACGAUGGGACACAAAGAUUAGGGAGUAUCGAAAAAUAUAACCCAGAGAUUAAUAUGUGGCUUGAAGUCCGGGCAACUUUGCAAUUUCCGCUGUCUAAUUGUGCAUGCUUUUCUCCAGAGAGAAAUAAAGUGGUUGUCCUAGGUGGAGGGUUUUCUUCAGGAUUUUCAUUAUAGAGCCUUAAUGCUAUUGAUUGCCUUGAAGCAGGCUUCUUCGUGGCAACUUGGAGCAGGGUAAUAACCUAAAGGUGGCAAGUCAACUCCAAGUUUACAAAUCCUUGAAAAAGAUGCGCUUUUGCCAGCUUGGAAUUGACUUGUCACCUUUAGGUGACUCGUCAGAGGUCCAAGUUGCAUUAAAAAGCCUGCUUCAAGACAAGCAAUAGCGGUGAAGAAGAUAUAUCUGUAGAAAAACUUGACAUAGAAACAGAAACAUGAAUUUCUUUACCUAUGAUGACUGAAGGAAGAGACCUAAGAAAUAAGGUGACAUAUUUUAAUGGCAAUGCCUAUUGUGUAGGGAGAAAUAAAAUACCUCCUAUGGAGCUGGUAUCACCCAAUUCUGAUGAAGCUGAAAUAUAGGGCCUCAUUCCCUGUCUUAAGUAGGCCUUCAGAGGUGGGAAAGCCGUGCCGAAAAGGAAGUUUUAUUUCUCCCCCGAAGGUUUUCCUCUCCCUGCCAGAUGGGCUAGACAGGUUUUUGCCUACCACAUGGUCUUCCCUCACCGGGAUCAUCGGGGCACUCUCCAAGAAGUGGCUCUGCCCUGAGGAGCUGAUCCACUGGACAGGCAGUUCAGAACAGAAAUCAAGAUGGCGUCUGGCCUGGGAGCAUGGUUGCAUCAGAACCCAACCGGAAACCAUCUUUCGAGCUGAGGUGUUGUGGCCCGCUGUUUCGUCCACGUAUGGCCAUUUAAAACUAACUAACUAAUUAUUGUGUAGGAGGUUAUGCAAUUUAUUUUAAUUUUUUUUAAUUUUUAAUUAUUUUUUAUUUUCCAAUUAAAAAAAUUAAUAGGUUAUAGCUUUAAAGCAGAAAUGAUUAAUUUGGCUAGAGAAAUGUGAAUUCAGCUGCCUAAUUAUCUGGUAAGUGAUAAUUUGGAUUCAUGGUCUUCAGCGUUGACUUAUAAAUUAGUAGAAAAAAGAGAAAGCGAGGCUGUGUCAAGAGCUUCUUCUAUGAAAAUAUAA